UUUUUUGUCGCUGUUAUUGUGUGACGUGUACGAAGUUUGUCAUGUGUUCUGUCUUACAUGGCUCUCAUGAAAUUAUCCUCCAGUUUUUGUUGAAGGCUAAAGCGCCAUGCGUUGGCAGGAGGAAAGAAACACACAAGCAAUGGAGGAGCAGAGAAGAAACAGCAGUAUAUUUAUAUUAUUAAAUGCACUUUCAGCCCUAUUUUUCCAUCAAGGCCUUACAUGUCAGUGAGGGAGCAGGAUGGUGGGCUGAUAUGAGAGGUGCAGUCUGGACUUUGCAUCCAUGAGCUGACACAUGUCGUCUUUAUCGUGCAGCAGCCGUACGAGCAGCACUUUGUUGACAACUGCAAGCUGCAGGCAAGAUGUUCAUGAUGAUGAUGAUGAUGAUGAUGAGGAGCCAUCGUGAUGGCUUGAUUAGGAUCAUCAGUGUUUCAGCUGGACAACAGCAUAUUGUUAUGAUUAGACAGCUACUUUUCUGCUUGUUAAACACCUAAAUGCACUGGAACGUGUAUUCAUGGCGCAGUUGACCUCUCAUUUGUUUGGACGCAAGACCGGUUUUUGCCGUAGGAAAUACUGGAAUUCUAAAUUGUCCGUAGGUGUGAAUGUGAGCAUGAAUGGUUGUUUGUCUAUGCGUGCCCUGCCAUUGGCCAGCGACCUGUCCUCUUGCCCAAAGUCCAGCAUACCCAGCCUACCCCGCGACCCUAAAUGAGGACAAGGGAUCUAGAAAAUGGAAGGAUGGGUAGCUGGAUGGAAAUACUGCAAAAUAGUGUCAUUCGGGGUAAAAAUGUCCCCUAUUAUACAAAAGUGAGUUUUUAAGGACUCUCUAACAGUAAUAUGUGUCCCGACAGCCUGUUUCCCUCACUUGUUUGCUCCACCUUUGAGAGAAAAGGCUUUCAAACGCUUGCUUUUGAAGUUCCGGGUUUUUGUGUGACGUCAGGAAAGAAAAACCUCCUUUGUCAUGGACAUGAUACCGUCACUGACUCGGCCCUAGCUAGGUGAGACCACCACUUCACGAAGGACGGUAAAUAAAUAAAUGUCAGAGGCCCCACAAUCGUGUAUUGGAAGUGUGUCGUCCAAAAUCUUGCAAUAAUGCUUGAAUUUCGACAGUUUAAAAGAGCUUUUAGUAAACCCUACUGGGAACACACCAUUUUGUGUGUCUGUAGCUUUAAUGAAAAUGAGCUGUUUUUGUCCACCACCGUCUCUGACAUGCAUGCCUCUAGGAAGCACCAGUUUUGACAUAUACACUAAGUCCCCAACUUACGAACACAAUUGGUUCCAGACGACCGUUCUUAAGUCAAAUUGUUAUUAAGUUGGGGAAAAGGUAAUAUUACCAAUGACAUAGGUACUACAUGUACGUGUAUACAUAUACAGUAUAUGCAUAUGUACAGUAUGUAAAUAUGAGUUUGGAUGCAGUAGUAAUAUUAAACAAGGAUAAUUAAUGAAAAAAACAAUAAUAAAAGUGAUAUAAUAAUACGUAAUGAUAAAUGUUAUUUACCUUUGAAGAGGGGUCGUCGAGCAUACGUCGUUGUGGUGGAGGAGGAGGAGGAGUUAUUGAAAAAAAGGACAAAUGGUCAUUAGACUCUUCUAAAAGAGGUAGUGUUCUGUGGGUGGUGUAGAAUUAAGCAGACCUAUUAACUCUUCAUAAACUUUAAUCACACGCUCUGUCCCGGUUGUAUCAUACACCUACAACUUAGCCUUCCUCUCUCUCUCAUCUUCCUCUACCUGUUGGUCCCAUUAGCAGUGUCACAGUGCCCUCUACUGGUCAAGCAUUACCAGUAUAAAUAUGGAGUUCCAAAAGGCAAAACACAUGAAAAUAUAGACCAGUCAGCUUGCGUUCGUAUCUCCGAAUGUUUGCAUGUUGGAUGUUCGUAAGUUGGGGACUUAGUGUACACUGUAACACGUCAGAUACUGUAUAUAUCACAUACAACAACAUAACUUUGAAGGAGUAGGACAUGAGGACACAAACGUUAGCAACACUAGAAGAGCUACGUGAGCUACAGCGCUAACAUUACUAACACAUGUCAACAGCAACUUAACGCCAUGUGAGCCUAUUCGCUGAAGAAAAACAAAACGAUCAAACUUAUUGCUCCCAUGUCUGUAGCUGACUGACGGAUCGUUGACAGAGCUUUAUUUUGAAGGUGUGUAGCAAAGCCGGCUUUUUUUUGUUAUUUUUACAAAGCUGUUCUCUUUACGUGGAAGAUCCAACAAGUUGUCUUCCAUACGGUGCACAUAAAUGGUACGUUACUGUUCGAACAUCAUUAAAAAAGUCACUUUAGUGGUUUAGUUUGGCAGCUUUUUACGUCUUGUUCAACUCUAUGGGCCUUCAACUUGAGAGGUUCCACUGUAUUUUUAAUUAGAGAGCAGACUCUUUGCACUUGCAUUAUUAACAUAAGGACAUGACUGGACUUAAACAAGGGAAAGCCACUUGGGAUUUUGAUUGACAUUUAGCUGGGCGGCACGCAGAUUUGAGUGUUUUUUUCUUAAAAAUUGUGUACUAGGAUCCAAUGCAAGGCCUGUAUGGAAAUGCUAAAAAUGCAGAGUAAUGUUUCACAGUAAUAGGUAGAGUAUUAAUCUGUUAUGUUGAUGUUAAUCCAACAUAGUUUGUAUCAUACUGAGAGAUGUUUCCAAUCUUCUGGUUAUUUAGCUCCAUAAAAUAGGCGCAGUUCUUGUAGUGAUCAUAUUAUUGUAAGCAGGUGAUAAAAUGGAGCAGACCUUACCUUUCCACAGUAACAGUUUGUCCCGAUAAAACCAAUAAACCUUUGACACUCAAGUCCAUGUGUCACAUCUUCAGGCUAUUGCACAACUUUUUUAUGUGCAAACAACACGUGUGCCUGCUCAGAACAGUGUGUGAACUUGUCCUCAAAAUGCUCCUUGAUGUUUUCUGUGCUUCCAGGGAUGGAGGCCUUCUGUGGAGAUACAGAGGAUGGCACUGAGGACAUCUCAGGACCCGGGAAGUCCAAAAUAGGUCUGAGGUCUCGUCUUUUUGGGAAAAGUAAAAGAACCGGCGAGGAAUUUGACCCCAAACACAGCCAAUCGGCCAGUGACAUCUACGCGGCAAAGGCGCUUGGAUCAGAUGAAGACUUAGUAUGCCCCCAAGGGACGAUGGGAUCGCGGGCGCUGUCCCAUGACAGCAUCUUCGGGGCCGACCAGGUCCUGACGGAUGAGGAGCCGAUGAGAGUUUUAUCCCAGGAGAACGUUCAUAGCAAAAUUAAAGCUUUGCAGAUGAAGCUUCAGCAGCAGAAGAUGCACCUGGGGCCCCCUCCCCUGAUUCUGCCAGUCAGGCAACAAGACAGCGUAGGAGGCCACAUGGAGGACAGCAUUUCUUCACUUAAGCUCCCUGAGAUUUCAGCAGCGGGGGACGUUACAGCCCUUGGACCCCUCAGCAAGGCUACAUCCCAGCCAAGCUCAUGCUCACUCUUGCCCAUCUUCAAACCUCCAGCCUCCAUAUCCAGACCCACCACCCCAUCACCGACGUUCACCCGCUCCACCCCGACUGCCACCCCAUCUUGUGAGUCCCCGCUGGACUUCAGCUCUUCUGUCCAGUAUGUCCGUUGCUUGGACACGUCCGCGGCCCGACACCGGAUGUCUGUCAAGCCCCGAAACCAGAGGGCCAGCACCAAGAGGCGGGUGGUGGAACCUGAUUGUAAGGUGGACGACCUAAACAACCAUACUGUACCUGUGAUGGAUCUUAGACCCAAGGAGGAAGCAUUGGAAGAACGACAGGAUGUAACCAAUGUUUCUAUAACGUCUCAACACUUUCUACCCAAAUCCUCCAAGCUGGAUCCACUCUCAUUAGAGGCAGCACCUAAAUCCUCUACCGUACCAGACCAAGCCUUACUUGGACUAUCCCCUAUAUCCUCCCAGGUUCUUCAAGUGAAGCUUCAGAGACAUGGAGUUGGAACAUCAAGCGAGAGACCAGAUUCCUCCUUAGAAAUGAAGGGAAUCACAGGGGAUUGCGGGUUUCAGGUCAAGACCCACAACAAGAGCUAUAGCCUACGGAAGACUGAACCAUCUGAUUUAAAGAAUGUCUCCACUAGCUGCGAAUCAGUGGUGUCCAAGUCCUCACCUGUUUGUCCACAGGAUCAUGCUGAAGCAGAUAACUUAAGAGGGAUAAAAAGACCCGGGUCUGGAUCCUUCCAUUUCGCCAUCACGUCUGCCAAAAGCCGCAUUGAGGACAGACCCCGAUCGGGCAGUUUUGCGGGCGGAAGUAGACACAAGGUAGGAGCUGAGUGUAUAGCUCCUUCAAGCCUGGAGGAACAUAAAGAUACACAACCCAGAGAGAGACCCUUCGCCAUGGGAAGACUUCGACAAGAGCAGAAAAGCUCAGUUCUUCCAUGGGAAAGGCAGAACAGUCUGAGAAAUGUGGAAUCUGAGACAGUAUCUAAAACCAUCAGUCCAUCAGAGGCGGCAGAGACCAAGGAAGAAGUUCCGGAAGAAGAAGGAAAGACGGUGUUUGGCUUUAAACUCCGCUCAACGUCUAACUCCAUGAGAUUUUGGUCCGAUGGCUCUUCCAGGCGUCAUUCCAAGCCGUCGGAGGAGAAAAGUGAUGGACUGGAGAGACAAGAAAGUAGUGAUAACGGCGUCAACUUAUGUAAAAAUACCACCGCAGGAGAUUUCCCACUGACAGAUCCAGCCCCUCCAAGCGAUGCUGCCGCCUUGCCAGCAGAAACCCAAACAACCACUUCCUCAAACCCGUCUCCGGAGUCUCAGCCUGCACCACAGACCACUUCAUCCGAGGUGUCCUGGGUGAGUCUGGCAAUGGAAAAGACCAGAAGUCUCCAGCAGCUUUUUGCAAGAAGGUUUCCCAAGGACUUGACAGGAGGGCAAUCCGCGAUGUGUCCACAAACACCAGCACAACCACCAAACCCUGAUGACGUUCUAAAUGGGAAACAACUCAAAUCUCACACUGUAAGUCUGCGAGAAUGUGUGAGGCCAGUACAGGUUGACGGUGGUAAAGGUGAAACUGAACGAAGUAAGAAGACAAUCAAGACUUGGACAGAACCAGAAGCACCGCGAGCACAGUCUGUCCCACAUGUUGUUUCCCAUCCAUCUGUGCUGGCAAAUCAAUGUGCUAUCCAAUCCCCCUUGCAUGCUUCUCCCCGAUCAGAAACCCCAACUUCAUGUGGACCAGUCACUCCAUUCCUUGCGCAGUCUUACACUACCUCAGUCUCACCCUCCUGGAGCAACCGAGGUCUCCAGCAAGUCCCCACUUUGCCCAAAUAUACAACAUCUGCCCAAACGUGCUCUGUCACAUCACCUCCAGUAGACGAAGAGAAAAGGACAUUGUUGGAAAAAGAGAGUCCAUCACUGCUAGGGAAGAGGACGGGAUGGGCUGGAUCCGUCAGCGAGAAGGCUGCAUUUCUAGAGAGACGGGCAGAGUGGACUACUGGAGCUAAGGGGGUGGAUCCUCUUAGGAAACCCCAAAUGGAAGCAUCAAAGACAUCAGGUGAACCCCUCGCUGAGACAAAACCCCAAGGGAGAGAAGGGUUUAAAGUCACAGAGACCCAGAGCCCCACCAGAGUUCCUCUUGAGGAGAAGUGGAAGAGGAAAAACCUAGGGUCCUUGUCGCCUUCUUCGUCACCCAUACUUCCACCUGCACUGAGGUCUAUGCCUGACAGUGACCAGCCUUCCUGGAUGGAACUGGCCAAGAGGAAGUCCAUGGCAUGGAGUGACAAGACCAUGGACUGAGGGGAGAAACAUAGUUUCUCACGAAAGUAAACACACCCCUCACGUUUUAGCAACUCAUUUUAUUGUUAAGGGACCAUACUAUAGUCAGUACAUUUACAUAUACUUUAUAGGAGUCAGUGUACAGGUUUUAUAUCAGUAUAGGUUUACGGCGCCGCAUGUGCUCAAUUGGGUUUAUGUCUGGAGGAGACAUACUCAGCCACUCCAUGACCUUCACCUUCAGCUUCCUCAACAAGGCUCUUCAUCUUGGAGGUGUCUUUGGGCUCUGUGCAGUGGCGGUUCUAGCUAUGGGCCAUAUGGGCAAUUGCCCAGAGCGGCAUUCUCCUGGGGGGGCGAUGCGAGGAGGGAGAACCAAUUUAUUUGUGUUCAGUGCUCAUCAAGUCAGGAUGUGUGGCAGAUGCUGCUCAGAAGCCAUCAAAUGUCCACCAUGUGACCAAACCAAACAGUACGGGGGGCUCACUUCACCAAUGUGCCUCAGCCCUGAGGUUAAUUAUACAGUUAAAAAAAAGUAAAUUACAACAGUAAUUGCUCAAAAAUCGAACAUAUUUCAUUUUUAAUAUCAUAUAUUCAUAUUUCAUAUUUCAGAUUUCAUUAUAUCGCAGACCAAGCGCCGCAGCAUCAGUCCGCCCAGGGCGUCAUUCAAGCCAGGACCGCCACUGGCUCUGUGUCAUGUUGGAAAACUGCCACGUGGCCCAAUUUCUGCUUCACAAUUUACAGUACAUGUUGGAAUUCAUGUUUCGCUCAAUGAACUGCAACACUCAUGCAGCCCCGGACCAUGACCAUAACCACCACCAUGCUAGACUGGAGGCAAGACACAAUUAUCUUGAUACUCACUUGUUUUGCCAGCUAUUUAGACAAUAAUGGCAAUGUGCUGACUUAUUUUCAGUGGAUAGUAAAUCUAUACGGCUACACAAGCUGUACACUGACUACUCUAAAGUAUAUCCAAGUUGACUUACUAUAAUACUGUCACUUAAAAUAUAUUAAAAAUAUAUUAAAUGGCUGCUGAAUCACGUUUGCGAUAUAUUGUAUAAUACAUUAUUAUGUGAAUUACCGAAACAGGUGUCGCUAAUAACUGGAUGUUAAAAGUUCUUGAUUUAUUUACGGCAUGUCUGUUUGGCGAAACAACACCUAAAAACACACAGGGUUUAACCUUUCAACACAUUUUUAAGGCUGUCCAAAAGGCUUGUGUAUUGAACUGUAAUAUACUGUACAUUUGCCAUGUUAAUUAUUACAAUGUGAAUUAAAAAAAAAAAUUCCACUCCACCACUUUAAGAUAAAUAUUUCUGGAUGUAAUUUCAAUAUUGUGGUUAUAUAAUAAAACAAAUAUUUAAUGUGUA